AUGACUCUGGAAGGCCCAUGUUGGGCAAGGAGAGAACCUGGAGGCUUCCUUACAGCCUGGGGUCCUCCAGCUCAGAUUCUGCUGGCCUGGGUGGUUCUAUCGUGCGUGGAAAAUGGUCAAGGCUACUGGGAUGGGACCCUGGAAUCUGCGAGUCCAGACCAUGUGAGAAGGCGUGGCAGGCCUGCCAUCAUUUUGCAGGGGUCAAAUGUCUGUGGUUCCCGCUUUCAUGCCUACUGUUGCCCUGGCUGGAGGACUCUGCCUGGCAGGAAUCAGUGUGUUGUCCCUGUCUGUAGGCAUGCCUGUGGCAAUGGCUUCUGCUCCCAGCCCAACCUGUGUACCUGUAUGGAUGGGACCCUGGCCCCCAGCUGUGGUGUAAGUAGAGCAUCACUGGGGUGUAGCAUGAGCUGCAUGAAUGGGGGCAGCUGCCGAGGGGAAUCCUGUCUAUGCCAGGAAGGCUACACGGGCACUGUGUGUGGACAACCCAUCUGUGUCCACGGCUGCCGCAACGGAGGACGCUGCAUCAGGCCAAACCUCUGCGCGUGUGUCUAUGGAUUCAUGGGGCCUCAGUGUGAGAGAGACUUCCAGAUGGGGCCCUGCUACCCCCACGUGGGUCCUGAGGGGUGCCAGCACCAGCUGACAGGUCUUAUGUGCACCAAAGCUCUCUGUUGUGCCACUGUGGGCCAUGCCUGGGGACUUCCCUGCCAGCUCUGCCCUGCACAGCCACACCCCUGCCGCCGAGGCUUUACCCCAAAUGUUCAUACAGGAGCCUGCCAAGAUGUGGAUGAGUGCCAGGUCAUCUCGGGCCUGUGCCAGGGCGGCAGCUGUCUCAAUACAGUGGGCUCCUUCAAGUGCCGCUGUCCUGCUGGACACCAGUUCAAUAUCAGAGUCGCCAAAUGUGAAGAGCGCCAGGUGGGCACCUGCUUCUCAGUGCUUGUCAGAGGUCAGUGUGCUGCAGGUCUCACUGGCCACUACACUCACAGACAGUGCUGCUGUGACAAGGGCAGGUGCUGGGCGACUGGUCCAUCCCCAAAGCUGUGUCCUCCACGGGGUUCUGGUGAAUUCCUGAGACUGUGUGCCCAAAGGCUCCCACUGCUGCCCGCCUAUGCAGACCUCUUCCCUGGACUCUCAGAAGUUGGAUCCAAUAACCUGGGCUCUGCCCUAGGGCCAGCACAACACAACCACCGUGGUUCCAAUGGGCAUGGGCACCAACGUUCCACACUGAGCUCUGGCAACUCCAACAGUGAUGUGAGGCUGGGGCUGUGUUUCCUACAUUGGAAUGAGGAUGACUGUGGAAUUCCCCUGCCUGGCAAGUACCAGAUGGACGUCUGUUGCUGCUCCGUUGGGACAUCAUGGGGAGCUGAGUGCAAGGUUUGCCCAGAGCCCAGCUCCCCAGAAUUCUUCAAACUGUGUCCCCAAGGGCUGGGCUUUGCCAGCCAGGACUUCCUGUCUGGCCGACCCUUCUAUAAAGAUGUGAAUGAAUGCCAGGUGUUCCCUGGCCUGUGCACACAUGGCACCUGCCGCAAUUCUGUGGGCAGCUUCCACUGCUCCUGUGACAAAGGCUUUGCUCUGGAUGCCCGAGAAAGGAACUGCAUAGACAUCGAUGAAUGUCGUCUCUCACCUGACGUCUGUGGCCACGGUUCCUGCAUCAACACCCCAGGCAGCUUUGAGUGUGAUUGCUUUCCCGGUUUCACUAGUGGCUCUUUGCUGAUGAAGAACUGCGUGGAUGUAGAUGAAUGUGCUAGGGACCCGCUGCUCUGCCAGAGAGGCACCUGCAUCAACACGGAAGGGAGCUAUGAGUGUCACUGUCCCCCUGGACAUGAGCUGAAGGCCCAAGGCACUGCCUGUGAAGACAUUGAUGAAUGCACCACGAGUGACAGCCUCUGUCCCCAUGGCCAGUGCAUCAACGUCAUCGGUGCUUUCCAUUGCUCCUGCCACACAGGUUUCCAGAGCACUCCUGAUGGCCCGGGCUGCGUGGAUGUGGAUGAAUGUGAAGACAACCUAGGCAUCUGUGGAGAAGGCCAGUGUACCAAUGUGCCGGGAUCUUACCAUUGCAUUUGCUAUGACGGCUUCUCAGUCUCACCGGACAUGAAGAUUUGUGUAGAUGUGAAUGAGUGUGACAUGAAUCCCCACCUCUGUCUCCAUGGGAACUGUGAGAACACAAAAGGAUCCUUUACCUGUCAUUGCCAGCUGGGCUAUGCCAUCAGGAAGGGAGCUCCAGGCUGCUCUGAUGUGGACGAAUGUGAGUUUAAAAGACACAACUGUGACAGGCACGCCUCCUGUCUCAAUAUCCCUGGGAGUUUCUUCUGUAGAUGCCACCCAGGCUGGACUGGGGAUGGCUUCAAAUGCCACGACCUGGAUGAAUGCGCGAUCCAGCAACAUCGUUGUGCUCCGGAAGCUGACUGCCUCAAUACCCUGGGCUCCUACCACUGCACGUGCCAACCAGGAUUUGUUGGAGAUGGCUUAUUCUGUGAAGACAAGGAUGAAUGCAUGGAGAAUGUGGGCCUCUGUGAUAAUGGACAGUGCCUCAAUGUAGCUGGCGGGUACCACUGUGAAUGUGAUAUAGGCUUCAACCCUACCAAGAACCAGCGAGCUUGCUGGGAUGUGGACGAGUGUGCUCUUGGGAACCUGUGCAUGUUCGGGAACUGUGAAAACCUGCCUGGAAUGUUCCGCUGCAUCUGUGAGGAUGGCUAUGAACUGGACAAAACUGGAAGCAACUGCACAGAUGUCGACGAGUGUGCAAAUCCUGUGAACUGCGUCAAUGGCCUGUGUGUUAACACCCCUGGCAGCUACCUCUGCAACUGCCCCCAGGACUUUCAGCUUACCCCCAGUGGGACCGGCUGUGUUGAUACCCAGACCGUGAUCUGUUUCCUGGAUGUGCAGGACCAAGAUGACGGUGGCAUUUCCUGUAGUGCAGAGAUUGGAGUUGGUGUCAGCAGAGCGUCUUGUUGUUGUUCCCUGGGUCGGGCCUGGGGAAACCCCUGCAAGCUGUGUCCAACAGGCAACACCUCAGAAUAUAGGACCCUGUGCCCCGGUGGUAAGGGUUUCCAGCCAAAUCCCAUCACUUUGAUUCUGGAAGACAUCAAUGAGUGCCAGGAGCUACCCAGACUGUGCCAGGGAGGCAACUGCACCAACGCCUUCGGUACCUUCCAAUGUGAGUGUCCUCCUGGAUACAGCCUCAGUGAAGAUACCCGCACCUGUGAGGAUAUUGAUGAGUGUCUGAGCCUGCAAGAGACCUGUCUUCCAGGCACCUGUCAGAACUUGAAAGGCUCCUUCCAGUGCAUCUGCCCCCCUGGCUUCCAGGUGCAGAGUGGCCAUUGUAUUGAUACUGAUGAAUGCUUGGAGGAGCCCAGCCUCUGCUUUCUUGGCACCUGUGCCAACAGUCCUGGGACCUUCCGGUGUCUUUGCCCUUCUGGCUUUGUCCUCUCUGACAGUGGACACUACUGUUUUGACAUUCGCCAGAGUUUUUGCUUCACCCGGUUUGAGGCCGGAAAGUGUUCAAUGCCCAAAGCUUUCAACACCACGAAGACCCAGUGCUGCUGCAGCAAGAACCCUGCAGAGGGUUGGGGGGAGCCCUGUGAACGAUGCCCUCAGAAGGACAGUGUUACUUUUCAGGAGCUCUGUCCCUUUGGCCAUGGGGCUGUCCCAGGCCCAGAUGGCUCCAGAAAAGAUGUGAAUGAGUGUUCAGAGAACCCUGGCAUCUGCACUGAUGGUCCCUGUGUCAACACUGACGGCUCCUUCCAUUGCAAGUGUCCCUUUGGCUACAGCCUGGACUUCACCGGCAUCUCCUGCGUUGACAUUGACGAGUGCUCCCUGAAUCCACUGCUCUGUGCUUUCCGCUGCCAUAACACUGAGGGCUCCUACCUAUGCACCUGCCCAGCUGGCUACACACUGAGGAAGGAUGGCGCCAUGUGCCAAGAUGUGGAUGAGUGUGCAGAUGGGUCUCCGGAUUGCCACACCCGAGGCAUGCUGUGCAAAAACCUCAUCGGCACCUAUGCCUGUAUCUGCCCGCCUGGCAUGCAGCUCCAGCCCUCCGGGGAGGAUUGCACAGAUGAGGAUGAAUGUCAGGCCCAGUCCAGCCUCUGUGCACAUGGUCGCUGCAUCAACACAGUGGGAAGCUUCCAGUGUCAUUGCGAUGAGGGUUUCCAUCCCAGCCCCACCCUCACUGAGUGCCAUGAUACUCGGCGGGGGCUCUGCUUCUCUGAGGUGCUACAGGUCAUGUGCCAGAGUUGGUCAAGCAGUGGUGAGGCUGUACCCAGAGUCGAGUGCUGCUGCGGAGGCGGCCGGGGCUGGGGCCCCCAUUGUGAGCUCUGCCCCUUGCCUGGCACCUCUGCCUACAGGAAGCUCUGCCCUCAUGGCAAGGGCUACAGCAUGGAAGGCCAAGAUGUGGAUGAAUGCCACAUGUUUGCUGACCUGUGCCACCAUGGCGAGUGUAUCAAUAGCAUUGGUUCCUUCCACUGUGACUGCCAAGCUGGAUAUACACCAGAUGCCACUGCCACUGCCUGCAUGGAUGUGGACGAGUGCAGCCUUGACCCAAAGCCAUGUGCCUUCCUCUGCAAAAAUACAGAGGGCUCCUUUCUGUGCGCCUGCCCCCGUGGCUACCUGUUGGAGGAAGAUCUCAGGAGCUGCAAAGACUUGGACGAGUGCACCUCCAGGCAACACAACUGCCAGUUUGUCUGUGUCAACACCAUAGGCACCUUCGCCUGCCGCUGUCCUCCUGGCUUCACGCAGCACCACAAGGCUUGCUUCGAUAAUGAUGAGUGCUUGGCCCAACCUGGCCUCUGUGGCACCCGUGGACACUGCCAGAACAUCCCAGGCAGCUUCCGCUGUGAGUGUAAUAGAGGCUUCGUGCUGGACAGCUCGGGCCACAGCUGUGAAGAUGUAAAUGAAUGUGACAGACCCCAUCGUUGCCAGUUUGGCUGCCAAAACGAGCUGGGGGGCUACCGUUGCAACUGUCCCCAAGGCUUCACCCAGCAUUCCCAGUGGGCCCAGUGUGUGGAUGAAGAUGAGUGUGCCCUGUCACCCAUGGCUUGUGGCAGUGCCUCUUGCUACAAUACUCUUGGCAGUUUCUACUGUGUCUGCCCCUCUGGUUUCAGUUUCAACCAGGACCUUGGAGGCUGCCAGGAUGUGGAUGAGUGUGCAGAACAAGGCAGCCCCUGCAGCUAUGGUUGUGCCAACACACCUGGUGGCUUCUUGUGUGGCUGUCCCCAAGGCUACUUCCGGGCAGGACAAGGACACUGCAUCUCCAGCCCUGGGUUCAGCUCUGGAUCUCAGGCCACCCCAGAUGAGGAAGAGUCACUCUCACCUGAAGCCUGCUAUGAAUGCAAGAUCAAUGGUCUCUCCCCUCGGGACCGACCAAGGCGCAGCACCCAUGGAGAUCAUCAGGUUAGCCUGGAUACCCUUGACGCGGAAGUCCCCUUGACCUUGAGCCUGAACAUCUCACACCUGGGUCAAGUCAAGCACAUCUUAGAAUUUCGACCAGCUCUUGAGAGUCUGGUAGGCCAGAUCCGUUAUGUUAUUGCCAGAGGCAACAACCAAGGUUUCUUCCGAAUGAGUUACCUGGCUGGCGUCAGCUCCCUGCAGGUUGGCCCUGGGAAACCAAGACCGGGGAAAUACCAGCUGGAGGUGGUGAGUAUAGCAGGAGCUCAGGGCCAAGCAGGGCCAGCAAACCAAGCCUUGCGGCUAACAGUCCAAGUGCAACUGCUCUAGCAGAAAGAAUCUUCAGUGCACCUAGAUGUCCCGUGACAUCUGAAAGUGCAUAUUUUGCAACUGGCUAGAACUGAUCUUGGAGGCAAUGGCUAAGCAAGUUGAACCUCAAAACUCAGGAAAAGGGAAGCAUUACACUCUGACCUCAGAUGAACUCAGUCUUUGCAAACCUGGAGGACCCCCAACACCUCAGCCUCUCCAGGACUCAGCUAGAAAUCUCAGCGUUCAUCCCUCCACCCCACAGCCAAGGUCAGCAGCAGGAAGGACCCCUGGUGUUCACCACUCCUCGUCUUCCUCAAGCUAAAAUUUCCAGACUACACUAUGAUUCGCCAAGGGUGUUGGUGGAACAUGGGAAUAAGUGUCUAGGGUGGGACUGGGGUUCAUCCCUCAGAGAAUCAAAAUGGAAUGCCUUACCUGCCACAUCUUGACUAGCGGAUUCAUUCCCCAGAGUCAGAUCCGGGGUUCCAAAGAUACUUUUCUUUGAAACUGGAGAAAACAAUAAAG